UGGCAGCCCCCGAAAUCCGGCCAAUGGGAAUAUGCAGCUGCAGUCCUAUCGGCCAAUCGCAGGAGGGCAGGGGGUUGGCCUUCUUGGCGGUGGCUCCCGGGAUAUGGAGCCGCCGGUGCUGGGGCGGCGUGUCAGGUGGUGGAAGAACGGAAUCCUAUUCUAAGAACACGGGUACUCAGGUAUCCACCAUGGUACUGGGUCCUGAACAGACGAUGCCAGAUGACAGUGCUUCUGGAGACCAUGGGGACUCUGCCAGUCUUGGUGCCAUCAAUGCUGCCUAUAGUAACUCCUCACUUCCACAGUCCACUGGGCAGUCGGAGGAGCCAUUCACCACCUACUUUGAUGAGAAGAUUGCCAUUCCUGAGGAGGAGUAUUCUUGUUUUAGCUUUCGUAAACUCUGGGCAUUCACGGGACCUGGCUUUCUUAUGAGCAUUGCCUAUCUGGAUCCAGGAAAUAUUGAAUCCGAUUUGCAGUCUGGAGCAGUGGCUGGAUUUAAGCUGCUCUGGGUUCUUCUGUUGGCCACCAUAGUGGGUCUGCUGCUUCAGCGCCUUGCAGCUAGACUGGGAGUGGUAACUGGGCUACAUCUUGCUGAAGUGUGUCACCGUCAGUAUCCCAAGGUCCCACGGAUCAUCCUGUGGCUGAUGGUGGAGUUGGCAAUCAUUGGCUCAGAUAUGCAAGAAGUCAUUGGCUCAGCCAUUGCCAUCAAUCUCCUGUCUGUGGGAAGGGUUCCCCUGUGGGGUGGAGUUCUCAUCACCAUCGCAGAUACUUUUGUUUUUCUCUUUUUGGACAAAUAUGGCUUGCGGAAGCUAGAAGCAUUUUUUGGCUUUCUCAUCACAGUUAUGGCCCUCACAUUUGGAUAUGAGUAUAUUACAGUGAAACCCAGCCAGAGCCAGGUUCUCAAGGGCAUGUUCGUGCCAUCUUGUUCUGGCUGUAAGACCCCGCAGAUUGAACAGGCUGUGGGCAUCGUGGGAGCUGUCAUUAUGCCACACAACAUGUACCUACAUUCUGCCUUAGUCAAGUCUAGACAGGUAAACCGGGCCAAUAAGCAGGAAGUCCGAGAAGCCAACAAGUACUUUUUCAUUGAAUCCUGCAUUGCCCUCUUUGUUUCCUUCAUCAUCAACGUCUUUGUCGUCUCAGUCUUUGCUGAAGCAUUUUUUGGGAAAACCAAUGAGCAGGUGGUUGAUGUGUGUAAAAAUAGCAGUAGUCCCCAUGCUGGCCUUUUCCCUGAAGAUAAUUCAACUCUGGCUGUGGAUAUCUACAAAGGGGGUGUUGUGCUGGGAUGUUACUUCGGGCCUGCUGCACUCUACAUCUGGGCAGUGGGGAUCUUGGCUGCUGGACAGAGCUCCACCAUGACAGGAACCUAUUCUGGUCAGUUUGUCAUGGAGGGAUUCCUAAACCUAAAAUGGUCACGUUUUGCUCGAGUGAUUCUGACACGCUCUAUUGCUAUCAUCCCCACUCUGCUUGUUGCUGUCUUCCAAGAUGUAGAGCAUCUAACAGGGAUGAAUGACUUCCUGAAUGUUCUGCAGAGCUUACAGCUUCCUUUUGCUCUCAUACCCAUUCUCACAUUCACAAGCUUGCGGCCAGUAAUGAAUGACUUUUCCAAUGGAAUAGGCUGGAGGAUUGCUGGUGGGAUCUUGGUCCUUAUUGUGUCUUCUAUCAACAUGUACUUUGUAGUGGUUUAUGUCCAGGAACUAGGGCACAUUGUGUUGUAUGUCGUGGCGGCUGUGAUCAGUGUGGCUUAUCUGGGGUUUGUGUUCUACUUGGGUUGGCAAUGUUUGAUUGCACUGGGCAUGUCCUUCCUGGACUGUGGUCACACGUACCACCUGGGAUUGACAGCUCAGCCUGAACUCUACCUUCUAAACACCGUGGAUGCUGACUCCCUUAUAUCAAGAUGACUAACAGCCUGAGAGACUGUAUAAGAACCAUUUUCUCUAAGCCCUAUUGUGCCAGCUGUCUUAACAUACCUCUGUUAGUUUGGAGGUGAGUUUUGUUCAUUUGAACAAAGGCAAAGAUUUCCUCAUGGGAAUGGGAUUAAAAACUGACAACUAUAAAUUUAGGUCAUCGACCCACCCACCUCACAACAAACAAUAGCCAGAGUUAAAUGAUUACCUGUGCUGGCCACAUACCCCUAUGGGGUGUGUCUUGACUUCUGGGAUUUAAAAAAUAUAUAUCUAUAUAUAUUUAUGUAAACCUGAACAUCAGUUUGGGUAAGAUUUUAAUGUUAUAUAAAACUAAUAGAUAUUUUGUAUUUUUUUUUUUAAAAAAACAUUCUUCAGGUAAAUUACAUCUUUGGAUCACAAGUGAGAAGGGAAAGGAAAUGUUCUUUUUCUCACAAUGAACUGAUCCAAUUGACUGUCUUAUAAAGUGAUACUUUACUAUGCCAGUUACAUUUUACUUUGAUUGUAAUCAGCCACAUCACAUACUUGGUAUCUACUAAUAUUAACCAUCAUUUCUAAAGAAAUCAUUUCUUCUAUUUGGUGAUCUUAUUUAACCCUGGUUACCUGCAUACUUUGUAAUUAGUAUUGUCUUUGUUAUCAUUUUUCUUGAAAUUUUUUAUAGUUAUCAAACCAGGGAUACAAUGUUAUUUGUCAACCUGCUUAAUAUGUAGUAACAAAUUUAGAAACCAUAUUUUAAGUGAUAAUCAAUUGUUUUCCCACACUGUAGUGUAACUCAGCCUAUUCUAGCAUUUGAGUUUUAGGUAGAAAAAGAAGAAACUAAUAGCAUUUCACUCUUCUAAGUCCUGACACAACACAAUCAAAGUAUUAAUAUUCUUUCUAAUAUUUGUAUAAUUCUACAAUGUCUUUUCUUUCCACUUUUCCAAUUAAUACUCCAAAUACCAUUUCUAGGUCCAAAGUCUGUUUCUAGGAGUAGCUAAUAUUUAUUUUGUUGAAUGUCCUAGGGAAUGCUAAGCAUUUCUUUAUAAGAUAUUUGUACCAAGAAGUAUGAGAUUACUACUAGACUGGGAUUUGGAAAAUUAGUCUACAUUAUCACAAACUGCCUGCUGACAUGUAGUUAGUAAAUUUUUUUGAUCCCUGAUACUAUUAAUUUUCUUUCUUAAAAUUUUUAUAAUGAAAAAGUUCUUUGAUUUAAAUUUGGGCUAGGGAUAUAGCUCAUUGGUAGAGUGCUUGUCUAGCAUGCACAAAGCCCUGGGUUUGAUUCUAUCCAGCAUGCUUACAUGCAUACAUAUAUAAAUAAAAGUUUUAUCAUAAUUAUCUGAUUGGAGAGUCAGAAGAUAUGCCACACUGGGCCCACAUUCCUGCAUGGAAGUGCACUUGGCUAGAACUGAAUGGCAGCUAUCUUUUUUCCAAUGCCAUAUACCCCAGGGUGGCAUAUACCCCAGAUAUCACUCAUUAUUUCCUUCUGAUUUCCAAGGUUGAAUCUGCAAACCCUGCAGCCUUUGUGUGACUUUGAACUUUACUUUCCUCUUCAGCAUUAAAGUGAAAUGUCUGACCUCUCUGCCUUAUUUUAAAACUUAUUACCUGCUGGGCUUGAUGGUGCUACUCAGGAGGCUGAGGCAAGAAUAUUGUAAGUUUGAGGCCAGCAUCUUAGGAAAACUCUCUGUCUCAAAUUGAGGAUGCAGCUUGGUAAUAGAGUGCCCCUGGGUUUAAUCCCAAGUACCACAACAAAUCAAAACAAAACCAUAAAAACUUAUUACCUUUUUUGUUUUUUCUUUCUCUUUCUUUUUUAAUCCAUACAUCGCCUACCUACAUUAUAAUGGUUUGGCCUUCUAAGCAUCAGGGAGUUUUCUUAAAUGACUCUAAAAUUCCCUCAUUUCUACUUCAGGGGCUCUUGAGAGUUCAGAAAAGAGCAGCAACACUGCAGCCUAGGUUAGUGUCCUUCAGAUCUUAAAAUUGAGAGUGAAUUAACAUGAAUUACAAGUUCUCACUUGAAAAUUUGAAGUUUCAGUGUUUUUAUACUGAAAAACUUAUCUGUGUUUUAUACAGAUAGGAACUCUAGAUGAACAUCCUGAUUUUAACUCAUAGAAAGGUGAGGUGGUUGGUUAAACUGAGGUUAAAUACUCUGGGGAGUUCUGUAGCUCUUUUUUUUUUUUUUUAAGUACUGGGGAUUGAACCCAGGGGCUCUCAACCACUGAACCACAUCCCAGCCCUUAAAUAUUUUAUUUAGAAACAGGGCCUCACUAAAUUGCUUAGGGCCUUACAAAGUUGCUGAGGCUGGCUUUGAACUCACAAUCCUCCUGCCUCAGCCUCCUGAGCUACUGAGAUUACAGGCAUGUGCCACUGUGCCCAGCUUUUGUAACUCUUCUCCAUCCUUUAACUGUAUGUUACUAGAACAGAGUUGAGUAUGUAAAACUUUGUAAAUAUUUACCCAGAGGUGUCAUAGCUCCCAUAAUCAGAAAAUUUGAUAACAAAGUAAACCGAAUCACACUAAAACCAAUAGAGGAGAUUGAUACCUAAAGAGUGAGUCUUGGGUAAGCUUUUUGGCAAUUAAGAACAUUUAAUCAUUCUUUAAUUCAUGAUUUACAACUUUAAAUUUCUACAGAUAGUGUGCUUAUCCAGUGUGUUAGUCUGCUUUCUAUUAGUUUAAGAAAAUACAUAAGGUUGGAUACUUUAUAAAGAAAAGAAGUUUAUUUAGCACUCAGUUCUGGAGAUUCAAAAGCAGGAUGUUGUCAUUGGCUCAACUUUGAUGAGGACCCUCUUUACUAUGUCAUGUGGUAGAUGUAUCAUGGUGAGAGCAUGUAUGAUAGGGAGAGCUCCCAUAGGUUGACAAAAAGCCAGACAGAGCAAUUUAAGAGUCAAGCUCCCUCUUUUAUAAUAGUCUGCUCUCAUGAGAACUAACUCAGUCUCAUGAGAUCUCCAUUUAUCACCUCCAAAUACAGUGUCCCUGGUAAUGUAAUAAAUUCCCAGGCCCCACCUCUUAAAAGUCCCACCACCUGCUGCAUGUAAUCCCAGCAACUCAAGAGGCUGAGACAGGACUAUCACAAGUUCAAGGCCAGUCAUGGCAAGUUUAAAUAAAUAAGAAGGGCUGGGAAUAUAGCUCAGAGAUCGAGUGCCCCUGGGUUUAAUCCAUAGUACCUCAAAAAGAGAAUAAGAUAAAGCCUAGUACUUUAAAAAAUAAAAAAUGUCCCACCACCUCUAAAUAUUACCACACUGGGGACCAAAUUUCCAACACAUUGAACCUUUGGGGGGACAUACUCAAGCCGUAUUCAAACCACAACAUCCAGAUAUUAAUAUAUACAAUUUAAAGUGUAACAAAUGAAUGUCAGGAAAAGACCAAUUAAGUAAUUGUUACUGAGCAGCUAUUUCUACAUAACUGUCACCCUGAUAUAAAAGGAAAGCAUAUAAUUCCAGUGACUUGGGAGGCUGAGGUAAGAGGAAUGAAAGUUUGAGGUCAGUGUGGCAACUUAGAUCUUGUCUCAAAAUAAAAAAUGAAAAGAGCUGGGGAUGUAGUUUUGUGGUAGAUUGCCAUUUUCCUAGCAUGCAUGAGGCCCUGGGCUCAGUCCAUAGUACUAUACACAUGCACACUUUAAAUGUCUUGCUAAGCAUAACCAGGCUUAGGAAGUAGUUCAGUAGUAAGGCAUCAGGGUUCCAGUAGCCAACGAAAGUAGUCCUCUCUCUUUUUUGCAAAUUCAAACAUAUAGGAUUUGUUUAUAGGGUCUUCCUGAUAUGACUCUCUCCUUUACCCAAGAUGUAGUGGAUAAAUGAACAUCCUGUGUUCUUUCUAACUUUUCUCUUUUAUCCUAUGUAGGUGUUCACACGCAUAGCUACUCGUGUGUGUGUGUCUGUCUGUCUGUCUGUCUGUUUGGUACUGGGGAUUGAACCCAGGGACUCUAUCACUGAGCUACAUCCCCGGCUCUUUUUAAAUUUUUUACUUUAAGACAGGGUUUUCCUAAAUUGCCCAGGCUGGCCUUGAACUUGGAUCCUCUUACCUCAGCCUCCCAAGUAACUGGGAUUACAGGUGUGCAAUACUGCACCUGGCAACAUGGCUACUUAGCACUGCUUUUUUAAAGCAACAAAUAUAUUCCUUUUCUUGUCUGAAAAUUAGGGAAGCUUUUGGGUUUUGUAAGAAAGGCCAGUUUCUAAUAAAGCACAGUUAAUCUGUUCUAAAUGCUGAAUGUAUACCAAGAGGGUAUAUUCUUUCUAGUGGCCUGAUUAAAAAUAUAUUUUCAGGCCUGGGACUGUGGUUGUGGUUCAGUGAUAGAGCACUUGUCUAGCAUAUAUAAGACCCUGGGUUUGACUCCCAAUGCCAAACAAACAAACAAACAAAAAAACCACAAUAUAUAUAUAUAUAUAUAUAUAUAUAUAUAUAUAUAUAUAUAUAUAUAUAUAUAUAUAUAAAAGAAGGGCUGGAAAUAUAGCUCAGAGAUCGAGUGCCCCUGGGUUUGUUUAAUCCAUAUAUAUAUAUAUAUAUAUAUAUAUAUAUAUAUAUCUCAAUAAAGUGACUAUGACUGUUGAUCUGGAAAUCAACUUAUUAAAGCUUUGGAAAUAAUAUACAAAGGUUAUGAGAAUUCUUUCUGAUGUUUCUGCAGUUUCAUUUUUCAUAAUAGUUUUUCAAAGAAAAUUCAUUCUUCAUAAUAAAAGUUUUCCAAAGCC